AUGGCUGACAUUAAACCUGAACUUCAAGGCACCCAGAGUCUUCCCCCUCCUUCCCUGCCUCAGCUUGUCGCUGAACAGCACGUUCCCAUUGCAAACAACGACAAGGACUCACAGCGCCUGAUCGUCGUUCUCUCCAAUGCCAGUCUCGAGACAUACAAGGCUUCGUCCGGUGGCCGUGGUGGUGCCAAGGACGACAAGUACUCGCUACUCAACAGUGACGAGCACAUUGGUGUCAUGCGCAAGAUGAACCGCGACAUCUCAGACGCCCGUCCCGAUAUCACCCACCAGUGCCUACUCACCCUCCUCGACUCACCUCUCAACAAGGCUGGUAAACUUCAAAUCUACAUUCACACAGCAAAAGGCGUCUUGAUCGAGGUCAGCCCCACUGUCCGCAUUCCUCGUACCUUCAAGCGCUUCGCUGGUUUGAUGGUCCAACUCCUCCACAGACUCUCAAUCCGUUCCACCACAUCGCAAGAGAAGCUCCUCAAAGUCAUCAAGAACCCCAUCACCGACCACCUCCCUCCCAACUGCCGCAAGGUCACCCUCAGUUUCGAUGCGUCCGUCGUUCGCGUGAGCGACUACAUUGCCGAGCUCAAACCCAAGGAGAGCAUUUGCGUCUUCGUUGGUGCCAUGGCCAAGGGUAACGACACCUUCGCCGACGAGUUCAAGGACGACUCUAUCAGUAUCAGCAACUUCAGCUUGAGUGCCAGUGUUGCUUGCAGCAGAUUUUGCCACGCCGCCGAGGAGGUCUGGGACGUCAUCUAG